GUUUCUCGACAUCUUACAGUACCACAAGGUCUACGUCACAAUCAAACAUGGCGACUAUGAAACGUUCGGUUGUUUCUUGCUUUAUUAUCAAAGACUAUCUUGGAAAGGCCCAGGUCGCCAUGUUCCGACGGAGUGGGAAAGUUCGCACAUACCCGCAUCAAUUGGGCGCUAUCUCGGGAUCCGUUGACAAGGAGGAUGCAUCCCCCCUGGCUACGGCUUGGCGGGAGUUGGAGGAAGAGACAACACUGACGUCGAAAUCACUUGCAUUGAUACGCCAAGGGAAACCUUACAUAUUUGUGGACGACAAAAUCGGCCGAGAGUGGACCAUCUACCCGUUCGCCUUCCAGUUGAAGACUGUUGGGGAAGGUGGUGCAGGAGAGGCAGGUAUCCAAAUUGACUGGGAGCAUGAGAGUUGGGGUUGGUAUAACCCCAUGGAAGUCGAGGACACGCCAGAGUUCGGUGGCGUGCCUAGAAUUGCCGAAAGUCUCCGCAGAGUGUGGUUCGAGAAGGAUAUCGGUGAAACCCCCGGCAAGAUCCUUAGAGAUGGCCUGAAAAGACUUCAAACCGAUCAGAGUGGUGAACAGGAACUUGCCGGCCUCGCUCUUGAGAUCCUUCGAGAUGUUGUCCGGGAGAUGGAUUCGUCCUGGUCAUGGGAUCAGUGGUGGUCCAAGACUCGAUUUGUUGCAUGGCACAUAUGGAAAAAUGGACGGGACAGCAUGGAAGCAACGAUUAAGAGUGUUCUGCUCUCCACUUUGGCUGACGUUGAGAAAAUAGUCAGCGAUCAAGUUGACCAAGGAGAGCAGGUGUCCUCCGCUACGAUGAUAGCUACAGCUGUUGAAGAGUUGACUUACAGGACACACUCGAGGCAGAGCGACCCGGCAAGGUUGGUCCCGGCGGCGUUGGAGGAGCUUAUUUUUGGGAACUUGUAGCCCGUCUCCUAUUCAGCAGUGGUCUUACUUCAAUCUGAGAACGCUUAGAUUUAGCCAAUAUAUUUGUUUCAUC